GGGUUUCCUUCAGCCUGAAGGAGGGCUUGUGGGGGGGGAGCUGCAUGGAGCAGCAGGAGGGAAAAGCCUUGCAAAACAUCCGGAUCCUGGGAAAGUUUUCUUGGAAGGAGAAGCCGCUCUUCAGAGCCGAGUGAAUAAAGGCAACUUUUAAAAGACAGAGGCGGGCCAAGAGAAAUGGAAGGAGAUGGAAGUGCAGGACCCAGAAGGACCUGGAACUCACAAGACAAGAAAGAGCCUCCAUCCCAUCCAACUUGGAAGUGGUGCUGAAUUCUGGGAAUCAUCUGUGCCAGAGAUCUUGGCUAAGGACACCAUGACCUCAGAUGUGCUAUACCAACACUUCUGGCAGUUCCGCUACCAUGAGGCUGAUGGGCCCCGAAAGGUUUGCAGCCAGCUCCAUGGACUUUGCAACCAGUGGCUGAAGCUGGAGAGGCACACCAAGAAGCAGAUCCUGGACCUGGUGAUCCUGGAGCAGUUCCUGACUCUCCUGCCCCAGGAAAUGCAGGGCUGGGUCAGAGGAUGUGGGCCGGAGACCAGUUCCCAGGCGGUGGCCCUGGCCGAAGGUUUCCUCCUGAGUCAGGCAGAGGAGAAGAGGCAGGCAGGACAGGGAACACCUUUGGAGAUGGAAGCUGCAAUCCCUGAGGCAGAAGGAGCUUCAUUGGAGCAGGGGCAGAGGGUGCAGGCGGUGGAGCGUGCCCAAGAUGCCCUCUCCUGUGGAACUGGCAGUGAAGAGAUGCUGUUGAGCCGUUGUCUUUUCCAAGGUGUGGGAACAGUCGCUGCACCUCCAAUCCAGUGUCCCUUUUCCUUGGAGGAGGUGUCCGUCUCUUUCACGGAGGCAGAGUGGGCCCUGCUGGAUCCGGGACAAAGAGCUCUGUAUAGGGAAGUCACGCUGGAGAACUAUGGGAACGUGGCCUCUCUGGCUAUCAUGGCGGUGGAGCUUCGGGGCAUACAAGAAAGACAGGAACAGCCACCGCUGAGCCUCUGGCUUCUUGCAAAAGUCCCAUGCCAAAAGAAAACCCCUUCAGGGUCUCCUUGAGGGUGCCACAGAUGUGGCACCAACCGCCUGAUUCAGAGGGGCCGCUGGAGAGACGAUCCAUGGACCCCUGUUGAGCUCAAGGCGACAUAACCCGGAAAAAAAUAUGCUAAGUUGUUUAAUAACAUUAAUAAUUGUUAAUGUUUGUUUUGUGUGAUAAAGUUGGUUUAUUAAAAUUGUUGGUAAAGCA